AUGAGGCUUAACCCGUAUAAGUGUGCCUUCGCAGUGCAAGCCGGCAAGUUCCUGGGAUUCAUGUUAACCAGCCGAGGAAUUCAAGCUAACCCUGAAAAAUGUGAAGCCAUUCUCACAAUGCGUAGUCCUGCCAGCCUAAAAAAGGAGCUAAAAACCUUCCUAGCAGCCCCCUCCACCCUUUCAAGACCAGAGCCUAGAGAGGAACUUUCACUCUACCUCUCCGUCACCGCUAAUGCCCUUAGUGCAGUACUGGUCAGGGAGGAAGGAAGCAGAGCUGGGAUCAUCUUAGAAGGACCCAGCAGGUUGAUACUCGAACAGUCACUUCGCUUCAACUUCAAAGCAACCAACAACCAAGCAGAGUAUGAGGCCCUUAUAGCCGGAUUAAGCCCGGCAAAGGAAAUCGGGGCAUCUCGAUUAAUCGCUAAAAGCGAUUCCCAACUGGUGACCAAUCAAGUCAAGGGCGAAUUCCAGACAAAAGAGCCACAGCUUGGCCGAUACCUCCACAAGGUUAGAACCCUGGGUAAAUCUUUCGACUAUUUUCAAAUUGAAUAUAUCCCUAGAGAACAAAACGCCCGAGCAAAUCUGCUCUCAAAACUUGCUAGCACCAAGAAACCUGGAAACAACCAGUCAGUCAUACAGAAAGCCUUGGAUUUACCCACCGUCGAUCUUCCUAACAUACAAAUAGUAGAGGCGGCGCCGAAAUUCUGGGGAACCCUAUCAUCUGAUUCCUACAAAAUGGGACGCUCCCUGCUAACGCUGAAAGAAGCCAAGAAACUCAGAAGAACAGCUUGCUACUUUACCUUACUCAAGAACCAACUAUACCGAAGAGGUUACUCCAUGCCACUUCUCAAAUGUGUCAACCUCGACUAG